AUGGCAGCUGUUGUACUAUGCAUUACGUUCGCAGCAUGGAUCGCACUACUUGCUCUCCGUGACGAAACAGUGGCAAGUUGCAAUCAAUACCUGAGUCAAGUCAGCUCAGGCAAUACAGAGUACUAUGAUCUUCCAGGGAGCGGACCAUUGGGAACAGACCGUGGGGAUUGUGAUGCAUCUGUACGCAAUCUCACGAUCUUUGGUGCGUUUGUUGUCUUUGUCGGUAACGCUUUACAGGUCUAUUUUGCAGCAAUUAUCACAGCCAGCGCAUUCGGGCGAACAAUAGAACACACCCCGCCUCAACCUAUUCCACUGCAAAGCGGCUUCACACAGUACCAGCAGUACCCCCAACAAGAUUACUACUAUCAGCAGCAACCCACUUAUCAGCCCCCACCGCCCCCUUAUCCUUCCGAUUAUAAUAGCAAGAUCACAAAAUAUUAA